AUGGCGACGCAACGUAUAUUAACAGAGCUUCCGUAUACCGGUGAAAACAGCAUUGCCGUAUAUUCAAUCAUACCGAAGCGCAUUGCCUUCGACCCUUCGUUGCCAGUACCGUCCGAACCUGGGCCUGGUACGCCGCCACCAUCGCCUCCGCCUACUGUGUCGUCUCCUGUUGUGGCCUCGGAACCCAAGCGCAAAGCCAAGAAAGCCGUCUCGCCAGCGCCAGCGGCAAAGAAAGCUUGUGUCAAGAAGGCUCCUCGUGUUGGGAAGUUCGGUCCGAGAGACGGACCCUCUGGUGUCCGGAAGAACUAA